GUGCACCUGCCCUUGGUCCAGGCGAGGCAUUUUUGAUCAAAAUAAUGAUCCGAAACCGAUCUAAACUACAACGACAUGUCCAUCGGCCAGCAGCUAUCAAGAUGCCUCGGCCAACCAGAGAAAUUAUCGUUGUACCUCCACGACAACCUGGCUCUAGCCGCUCUAAAAUUUGGACGUCAGUUGUCAUUGAAGAUCGCUGGACGAUUUCAACGAAAGCAUCGCCUGGUCCGUAUCAAAGUGGUUUAUGGAGGUGCCGUACAUAUUUGAGGACCGCAAUCUGGCUAUCCAACUGCGCAGAUAGGUCCUGCUUUGAAAGUGGCAACAAAUCGGAGCCGAUUCCGAAAUAA